CGACGGCCGGCCAGAAGGCCUAGACUGAGAAGUGGAGAUGGCGAGAGCGGAAGCACUGAACGCGUACAGAUCGCUGCUGAGAGCGACUCGCAAAUCGUUCGCCGGAGACACCGUGAUGCUCAAGGGCUCGGCGGCGGAGGUUCGCCAGAAAUUCGAGGAGAAUAGGGGCGUGACGUCAGAGGAGGAGAUCCAGAGACUGCUUGGCGAGGCACGCGAGGCCUCCAGCUUCAUCUCCACCAUGAUCGUCCAGGCCAAGCUCAACUCCCGCGGCGGCUACGAAGUGAAGGCCGAAAGGGACCAUGCCGGAGCUACGCUUGAGAUUCCUUCUGAAGAAAUCCUUCGCAAAUCUUAAUGCAUGAGGAACAUUGUAUGGCGGCGUUGAGGGUUACAUUUCCCCUAGUUUUUUUUUUUUCCUCAAAAACCCUUCUUUUUCGCAUGUUUUCUGGAACCAUUGUUGUGCUUGAAGUAUUGUUAGUAAGCUAUUUUUCACUCCUUUUUUGUUAGUAAAUGGAAUGGUUUUCCAUAGAAUGAUCUUGAAAGUUUGCCUUUGUUCCACUUCACUCACUGUCUUCACAUUGUGCUUCUAGUAAAUGGAAUGGUCUUGAUAGUUUACCUUAGUUCGACUUGAUCAUCUUCACGUUGUUGUUUAAGAUACAGUGAGACAGUCGGAAGAAGAUUAAUAGUUUUAGAAGAAACCAUAA